AUGGGGAAGCCGUUCCAAAAAGUCCAUGCCUCCAUAGUAGGCAAGUUCGAACACGGCGUCGGCGAAAAGAUCCCACAAUGGAUUCGGGCGAAUGGAGGGCAGUUCUCGAGAGAUGUGAACGCGCGAGUUACCCACCUCAUUGCCACAAAGGAGGCGUUCAAAAGCCAUGCAGCUCCAGUGGAAACGGCCAAGAAGCUCGGCACAGUCAAGAUCGUCGCAUACGAUUGGCUUGAAGACUCGCUGCUGUCAAAUACCCGCCGGCCAAAGCCUGAGGGGCCAUAUCUUCUGAAGAAUUUGAUGAAGCCCGAGAAGAAGGUCACACCUAAGUCCACAAAGGUGGUUAAGGAGACUCCAAAACGUCGGAUAGCUGAUCCUUUCCUGGGCUCAAAGGGCAAAAAAAAGCCCGUACGUCGGGUGUACCAGGACCGCAAGACAAAUGUGAUUUACAGCACCACCUUGUUCCGCCCAUCGAAGCCACCAGCCACCAGCAGAGAAAAAUAUCAAUUGACUCUUUUCGAAUCCAUCACCGAACCACACACCUACUCGACCUACGCCAAAUUCAGCCGCGUUGGCACAUCUAAUGUCGAGCUUUUGGCAGGCCCAAGGUGCAAGCUGGAGCUUGCCGUGGAGAAAUUCAAGCAGUUCUUCAAGGAUCAGACUGCCAAGGAAUGGGACGAUAGGGCAAACGGAAAGAUGCCACCCCCAAAGAAAGACCCGGACGGAAACAGCUUGCCUGUUCACGAGGGGUGGUUCUAUCUUGAGGAAAAGACGACUAUCCUUGGUGCAUUCCUCAGGGAACCCCAGAGUACAGGCUGUGAGGAAUCGACUGGCCACAUCGCAUAUGAUGGUAUCAAGGAGAACGAUAUUGAGGAAAAGAUGGCAAAUCAUCAGGUCGAAGACGGGGAUGAAGAUGAGAGGGAAGGCGAUGUUGAAGGCGAAGGAAAGGACGAAGAUGAGGGCGAAGACGAGGGCGUAGACGGAUCUGAAGCCGAUGAAGCUGACGAUGACGAUGACAACGACAAGGUGGAUGAGUAG